AGAAUGCUGUGGUGAUUCUGUUCCAGGGAGGGGCAAGGAAUGCCAGUGACCAGAGGAUACUUCAUUCUGAGAGGUGGGAAAAACCCCAAGGCAACACUCGAGUCUUCCUACGACUUAUUCAGAUAACCACAGAAUUGACAGCAACACUUACCACAUAGGAAGAAACUUCUGGAAAGUCCACUCUUCUUUUUCCAUAUGGAAUUAACUGGUCUUCUGAGUAACUUCCUGGGGCAUCAGAUCAUGUACCCUCCAAGAGCUUCAGAUGCACUCCCCAAGAACUCCAUCCUCCACAGAAAAGGGAGAGUGAUAGCCUGGCCCUUCCUUGAGCUGUGGAAAACAUCUCAUUCAACUCUGUUCCAAAUGACCUUGGCCACUGUUCUGAUGGCUCCUGUUCUUGGUGAUUGUGGACUUCCACCCAGUUUACCGUUUGCUUCUCCAGUCAACCCACUGUAUGAGUCGACAACCUUCCCACCUGGAACUGUCCUGAAAUAUGCCUGCCAUAAUGGCUUCAAGAGAAUCAAUGCAAGCCAUGUUAGUUGUGAUGAGAAUAGUUCAUGGGUCUAUACUACCUUUUGUGUCAAGAAACGAUGCAAAAACCCAGGGGAGUUGGUCAAUGGGAAAGUAGAAAUUCUGUCUGACCUUUUGGUAGGCUCAACCAUAGAGUUCAGCUGCUCAAAGGGCUUUCUUCUGAUUGGCUCAACAACUAGUCGAUGUGAGGUCCAAGGUAAAGGAGUUGACUGGAGUGACUCUCUCCCAGAAUGUGUAAUUGCCACGUGCGAGCCCCCUCCAGCCAUCAUCAAUGGGAAGCACAGUGGUAGAGAUGAGGACCUGUACACAUUUGGCUCCAUCGUCAUCUACAGUUGUGAUCCCACCUUCACACUCCUUGGCAAUGAGUCCAUUGUCUGCACCGUGGUGAACAAAACAAUAGGUGUCUGGAAACCAAGACCUCCUACCUGUGAAAAAAUCAUCUGCCACCGGCCACAGAUUCCGAAGGGAGACUUGGUCCCUGGAUUUCAACAGUUCUAUACUUACAGAGACGCUCUUGAGAUCGGAUGCAAGAAGGGUUUUAUCCUCAGAGGCAGCAGUGUGAUCCACUGCGAGGCUAACAGCGAGUGGUUUCCUCCUGUCCCCACUUGUGAACCCAAUGGUUGUAUCAAUAUACCAGACAUUUCCUUUGCUUCCUGGGAGGGAAGUACAUUUCCAUUAAGAAAUUUUGAAGUAUUUGAAAUUGGGACCAAAUUGCGAUACCAGUGCAAGCCUGGCUAUCAAGCAAGUCCUAACGACCCCCAGACUGUGACUUGUCAGGAAAAUCUGACCUGGUCAUCUUCCAGUGGGUGCAAAAGGAUAUGCUGCCCAACACCAAAUAUGGAGAAAAUCAAAAUUGUAAGUGAAAGGAGAGAUUUCACUGGCACAUGCAUCUAUGCCUAUGGAGACUAUGUCUUCUACAUUUGUAAUGAAGGUUCUUACCCUAUGUCUAUGGAUGGAAGGAGUUCAUGUCAGGCGGAUGGGAGGUGGGACCCUGUAAUACCAUCAUGUCAGGAAGACUUAGGCCUGCCAACCCAUCUUGCUCUCACCUUACCAAACAUAUCAGAAAUCAACGAGAUGAACAAAACAUAUCUACUUGGUAAUGAAGAAAACUCAACAGAGAGUUUCAGUAGACUUGCAUGUCCCAGACCAGCGGUCAUAAAUGGAAUCCUGUCUGUGGAGAGAGAUCUCUAUGCUGAACUGGAAAAUAUCAGCAUUCAAUGUGAUCCUGGAUAUUACUUAGUUGGUUUCCCAAACAUCAUUUGUUUGGAGAACGGCACGUGGUACCCUGAGAUACCCGACUGUAGGAUGGAGCUCUCCGAAGACUGCAGAAUAGUAAGCAAAGGCAGACAACUCUUGGAGUGCCUCUCAAGCCCAGAAGAUGUGCAAAAGGCCCUGGAGGUGUACAAAUUGCUUCUAGAGAUCGAACGAUUGGAGUAUCACAAAGAGAAGUGGAUACAUAGGAAACCUCAAUAUAUGAAAAGAAAAGGGCCAUUGAGACAGAAUGUGGACAGAAUCUCCAUGCAGCAUCUGGACUGACAUUUAAGCACCACCACUCCUGUUAAAAGGUUUCUGGGCCAGAAGAACUUAGGUUGUUUUUGUUGCUGUUAUUUGUUUUUGAAACUAUGCCAUUCAUUAGUGUCUAGCCAUUGUGAUUCAAUUUGUCUACUUGGCUGGACUUAGUGAAAUGGUCAAAUAUAAGCUGUCAAAUAUCAAAUUUUUGUGCUGUCCUCCUGUUGAGUGUGUCACAAGAAUAUGACUUAAUAGAAAUACAGAUUCACUGUCUAACA